AUGGCGCUGCAGAAUCUGCUCGCGCUGCUGAUCGUUCUAGCCUUGCCUGGCGCGGUGCGUGCGGAGUCGGAUGGCACAGCCGCAGCGGCAGAGGCCACCACGGCAAUCGCUGAGGCCGAUUCGGCGGCAGCGCAGGAGGCCAACUCAAAGGUAUGGGAGGACUUGAUGGCGGCCGAUUUCAAAGCAGCAGCCUCCCAAGCGUACGUUGCUGCCAACAAGAACUCGAUCUCGGCCUCCUCCUCGUUCGCGUCAGCGUUUGCGUUCCUCGCCGACACGCUGUCGGAAAUGACUCAGGAGUACAGCCCGGAGGUGCUUACUGGCGGCGCCAGCACUCUGCCAGGGGCCGUUGGCGUCACGACGUUGCCUGCCGGCGCCUCCCGGGCAGCAGAAGCCAUUGCGCCGGACGAGGUCGCUUCUGCGACGAAAGAGUCGGCGAUUGAGGCGAAGGCAGCCGCCAAUUCAGACGUGAAGGCUGCGCUGGGCGAGGCGAAGGUGGGAAUGGGGUAUCUCGCUGACGCCACCAAAACGGCGGGCGUGGAGAUUAUGACUGCAUACAAUGAGGCGGGCGAUUGGAAGAGCGGCCUGCAGGCGGCUGCCGGGCAGCUCCAGGGCCUUGCGAUGGGCAUUGGGUCGUACGGCUUGGACGCCAUGCUCUCCGGCGAGGUCAAGUCGUCCAGUGAAGUCGCCGCAAGCGCAAAGGCGGCCUCCACGGGAACGGAGAAGGCCCAAGUGGCGAUCGAUCAGACCACGGUCGCGUCUAUGGCCUCGCUCAAGGCGGUUGGCGCCACCAGCGUCGCGACCUUCGCCGGUGGCGCCAGUUCGAUGACGAGCGCGAUCAACGCGUGGAGGAUGGACGCUGCUCGUCUGGCGAGCGAGGCGCUGGCGGUAGCUUCGCCCACUGCGCGACCUCCAUCGACCGCGCUCGCGGUCGCGGCGUUCGGACUGCUGACUGCGCUGGCGUUGGGGGGCCUUCAUGCCGCCGGCCGCAUUGGGCUUGGGCAAGCGCACGCCACUGGCACGUCCUCCAACCUCGUUUGA